AUGGAUGACGGCAAUUUGAAGCACACGGAAGAUUCGACUGCUUUGAAGAAUGCGAUUCUGGGACCGCAACCAGCUGAGGCGGAACAACCGCCCACAGUAGCCACCGAGAGCAUACCCACUGUCCAUAGCACCAAGACAGAGAAUGUCAGCAGUGAAACUGGUGGAUCUUCACAAGCGUCCACUAUAUCACCGAAAGACGAUCUUUCGCUUUUAGGCGUUAGCCUUGACGCUAUGGUGCGUGAUUCCCUCCCGGAUAUGGACAGUAAUGACGUCGACGAGAUAUUCAAGGGUGUGCUCACCGAUGACUCGCAGGAAUCACAAGAGUCUUCUGUGUCUUACGUGAAUUCUAUGGCAGGCACUCCUUACUCGCAGCAACGGCAACAACUGCAGAGUCCUAUGGAAUAUGCAUCUCCUUAUCACAAUGAUUUUGGAAGCAGGUAA